CCUCCCUGAAGAGCGGUUCAAAAUCCGAAAGGAGAUGCAGCAGGACGUAGAAUGCAUUUUAGCGUACUGAACAAGAACAAACCGUUUGACAAUGGAAUGUAAUAAAGUAGGCUAACAGCGAUACGCCACCCCCAAACAAGAAGUUUAAUCAUCAUGUUUCGGAAGGGUUUAUUUGAGACAAAAUCGGACGGACCGUUGUGAAACUUUUGUAGCGGUCUCCCUAAAACACGACCAGAGAGUCAGUGGAGUUGCUCUGGGGCAGGGUGCUGUCCUAUGGGAUGGAUGACGGCCAGCAGGAUCAGUACGAGGAGCGUCUGAAGGAGGUGUUUGAGAGUUUCGACGGCAGCGGCGCCGGGUCGCUGUGCCCCGAGGAGCUGUCUGACCUGUGCCAGGCCCUGCACCUGGAGGAUUCCACCCCCACCUUGCUCCGUGCCCUGCUGCAGAACCAGGACACACUCACUGGCAGGGUUGAUUUUGAGCAGUUCAAGAAUGCUCUGAUUCUGGUGUUAUCGACGACUACAGCAGCACCUUCAUCCAGUCAGGAGACACCUGCACCGCCGCAGCCACGGCCGGACUCACCAGUCCAAGCUAAGUUUGUGCUGGGUAGUAAGCGAUAUGGCCGGCGCUCUACACCAGAGUUCCCAGAGGCCAUCGCUGACUUCUCAGAGGCGACAGGGCAGAACCCAGAGGACCAUGAAGACGCCACUGUACCGAGGAAACGUGAGCGCUGGAACGCUCAUGAAAGCAGUACUGAAGAGUACGAGGCAGAUGGCCAGCUGCACCUGUGGAACCCUGACGACCCCUCCACCCCACGGCGCUCCAUCGCGCCCCUGUCAGACCGCCUGGAGGAGAGGUUACGACAGGCCUGUGAAGAGCUGGCUAUGCCCUGGGAUGGAUGUGCCAGCCACCAUGAACUACUGUCUCUCUGUGACCACCUGGGGCCUGGAGCUGAGGUGACGGAGGAUGUCCUCCAGGUUCUAAAUGGUGAUGACGUCAUGAGCGUUCAGGCAUUUGCUUCCUGGGUUCUGAGCCACGCCAAGCCCCCCACCCCCUCUGCCUCCACACCUUACAGACAGCUCAAAAGACUACACUCCUCACAGCCGUUUGACGAGACGGGCCGGAGGACCAGCUGUAUGAGCAGCACCAUACGGAUGUGUCUGUUCUCUACUCUGGACGAUGGGACAGGGUCCACUCCUGCCGAGGACGUCCUGGAUGUCUGGACGGAGGAGGGCAUCGAGAACAGCCCCGAGAUACUACAGGCCUUGGAUUUUGACCUGGAGGGUAAAGUGAACCUCUGUGAGCUGACUGUGGCUCUGGAGAACGAGCUCCUCGUGACCAAGAAUGGGAUCCACCUGGCUGCACUGGCCAGCUUUAAGGCUGAGAUCCGAUACCUACUUGAGCGUGUCGAUCGUGAGUGCAGAGAGAAAGAUAAGAUUCGUUCUGACCUGGAGAAAACGGAGAAGUUAAAAACCCAGCUGGCUACUGAGGUGGACGAGCAUCACUCUGCCAUCCAACGAAUGAAUGACCUCAACCUCAGGAAGCUGGAGCAGGAACACCGGGAGAAGCUGGCGUCUGUCAGGUCGGAGCUCGUUAAAGAGAUGGACCAGAUACAGCAGGAGACUGGUCUGCAGAGAGAGGAACUGGAGGCAGAGAUGGAGAAGAUCAGAGACGACGAGACCUUCCUCAGAGACCACCUCUCACUCACUGUCAAGGAGAGUAGGCGUCUGGAGAUGGAGCUGCAGGACAGGACUGAGAAACUGGUGGAGGCAGAAAGCCAAGUCAGCAAACUGCAGAGGAAUCUGGAUAACAUCCUGAAGGAAAAGUACUGGCUAAUGGAAGGAGGAUCUAUAUCUGUCCCUAUGAACCCCUUGGUGUUGGUUCUGUUUGCUCAGUUUGGGGACCUGGACCCAGGCGGUGCAGAGUUCUUCCUACAGGAGGAGCGGCUCAGACGGCUACGCAGCAGCUAUGAGGAACAGUGCCGGGAGCUGCAGGAUCGCAUCGAUGAGCUUCAAGCAGAGCUGCAGGAGUACCACAAACUGGGUCGCACCACUAGGCCCUGUCUCAAACCCUCGCUCUCUGAGGAGCUGGGGAGCAAGAGUCCUGGCAUGGAGUCAGACCCAGGCCUGGGCUCGGAGGAGGGCCAGCCGUUGUUCAACAUGAGCCUGGAGGCAGAGAUGAUGCUGGAACGGCUGAAAGAGAAGCACCUCCGAGAGAUGGAGGAUCUACAGGCUCAGCUGGAGAGCAAGGUGAGCUGCCUGAAGCAGGAGCUCCUAGAUGCCCCCACCCAGGCUGCCGACAUGGAGGGCCUGGAGGGCCUACAGGCGAAGGCUGAGCCGGGCCUGGACAAAGAGAUGCAGGAGAUAAGGAAACGACAUGCUGUGGAACUCUACAAGCUGGGCGAGGAGCACAAAGAGGAGAUCCUUUUGACCAGGACGGAAGAAGAAGAGAGGGGGAAGCUACAGGAGGAGAGAGCUGAGGUGGAGAGGCUGUUAGAGGAGUGGGAGAGGGAGAAGGUGAGGUUACAGCAGAGACACGAGGAGGCAGUAAAGGCUAGGAUAGAGGAGGUGAGUGUCAGGUUCCAGGAGGAGAGAGCUGAGGUGGAGAGGAGGCUGUCAGAGGAGUGGGAGAGGGAGAAGGUGGAGUUACAGCAGAGACACGAGGAAGCAGUGAAGGCUAGGAUAGAGGAGGUGAGUGUCAGGUUCCAGGUGGAGCGAGAGGAGCUGGAGAUGCGACUCACGGAGGAGUGGGAGAGGGAGAAGGUUCUGUUGGACGAGCAGACUAAAGAGUCGCUGCAGACUGUGUUAGAGAACGAGAUGUCACGACUAGCCGAGGAGCAGGAGAACAGGGAGGCCAGGCUCACUGAGCAGUGGGGGCUGGAACGAGCUCGGCUCCAGCAGUGUCGUGAGGUGGCUCUCCUCACCAGGUUAGCCGAGGAGCGCCGGAAGCAGCAGGAGGAGACGGAGAGGAGGCUGAGGGAGGACUGGCACAGGGAGAGACUCCAGCUAGAGGAGGACUAUGAGGGGAUGCUUCAGGAGCGGCUGCAGGAGGAGAGGGAGAGGCUGGCGGGGGAGAGGGAGGAGGUGGAGAAGAGGUUGGGGAAGAUGAUGGAGGAGGAGAAGGAGAGGCUAAAGGAGGUCCACAGACAUGCUGUGCAGGAACUGAGUGCUAAACACAGUGAGGAGAGGGAACAGCUCAGCUGUCUACUGGAUAAACUGCGGGAGGACAUUGCUGAGAAAAGGCGUGAGGCGGGUCAUCUAGCAGAGGAGAACCUUCUACUCAGACAGAAGAUAUCCACGCUGAAGGAAGAGGACCCGAGAGACACCCAAGAGGAGAUGCUCUUGAAACUGGAGCAUUUCAGGAAGGAGAAGAUUUCUGCGCAAAGGAAGGCAGAGAGUUUCAAGAGACAGAUCUCGGCGCUUCGUCUCCGCAGUCAGCAGCUGGAGGAUGAGAACGGGCUGCUGUCGGAGAAGAACACCCAGAAUGCAGCAGGAGUGGAGGGGUUGAGCCAGCAGCCGGGGGAACUACUCAGACAGAGUGAGAGACAGGAGGCUGUCCGAGACCAGCAACGCACUGUACCGGAGGAUGACAGGACCAAGAUGGCCGUGUGUGUCUCUGCCCUGGAGGCGGAGCUGACCAACGCUGUGGAGGGGACUGUACUGCUAGAGGAGGACAAGGCCCAGCUGGUGCUGCAACUCAACGCCCUCAGAGACAAGAUGGAUAAGGUGGGGGCUGUAGAGUGCCAGCUCUCCGUCCUCCUGCAGGAGCACAAGGCUUUGGACAAACAAACCCAGGGAUUACGCAACCAGCUAGCCAAGUCUCAGGAGAGGUCUCUCUUUCAGACCCAUGUGUUGGAGGAAAGCCUCCAGUCUGUUAACCUCCAGAGCGCCCGUCUCAAGUCAGACCUCCGUGUGUCACAGCAGGAGAAGGACGCCCUCAAACAGGAAGUGAUGUCACUGCACAAACAGCUGCAGAACGGCAACGAUAAGAACCGGGUUCUGGAGAUGGCCCUGCACUCCAGCGGGUACCAGAGCCAGCACAAGAAGCUGUACCGGGACGAGCUGGCCAGGCUGGUGGAGCAGGGACAGCAGAAGCUGAGGCAGGAGAACGAGAGGCUGACCAUGGAGCUCCACAACACCAAGGGUGACCUCCACCACACCAGGGACAAGACGCGGCAGCUGGAGGCAGCCAUCUUAACCCUGACGCAGCGGAAACAGCAGGGCCAGUCCAGCGUGGUGAAGACAGUAGAGCAGGAGAAGACUGCUCUGAAGAGAGAGCUGCACGUGACGCACCAGGAGCUACUCUCUGCUCACAACAAGGUGUGUGAGGUUCAGAGAGAGCUGGAGAGUCUACGUCGGGAGAAUGAGGGUCUGAAGCCCCGACCGGUCCCGGUACAGGCCCGGCUGCUGGAGGCCCAGCUGGGUGGUCUGCUGCCCUCCUCCCCUCGCAGGAUGCCUGGUGAGUGGAGAGGACAACACUGCGAGGACGACCACAACCCAGAGAACAUACAGGAUGAGAGGGUGAUGAUGAUGAUGAAGAUGGAGGAACGUAUGAGGGAGAUCGAACUGUCGCUGCAUGACGUCAAGCUGCUGCUCAAAGAGAAGGUCUCCCAACUGAAAGAUCAGCGCCACAAGAACGGCAAAGCUGAUUUGUUGAUCAAAGACCUGUAUGUGGAGAACGCCCAGCUGCUGAAGGCCUUGGAGAUGACCGAGCAGAGACAGAAAGUAUCAGAGAAGAAGAACUACCUACUGGAAGAAAAGAUCUCCAGCCUCAACAAGAUAGUCAGAGACCUGAGCCCCUCACCACUACCCCCCAUGCCUUACCAUUUCACCUGUUCCUAACCCUAGACCUGAGCCCCUCACCCCUACCCCCCAUGCCUUACCAUUUUACCUGUUCCUAACCCUACACCUGAGCCCCUCACCCCUACCUCCCGUACCCUACCACUUGACCGGUUCUUAAGACUAUACCUAACCUUAGCCCCUCACCUCUACCCCCAUUCCCCUCACCUCUACCCCCAGUCCUAUAAUAAUACAUUACAUUUGUAGAGCGCUUUUCAUUUCCAGACGUAAAUCCCAAAGCUCUUUACAGAGAAACCAUUCAAAGAAAAAAGCUUGAAUAAAAGGACUAAAGACA